CGACACACGCAUACACACGUGCAACGCACACAGGCGGAGACUCCAACAAACGAGUCCUCCUAUUAAUAGAGGACAGUUGUACCAAAGCAAUCACGUGAUCUGGGCCACAUUCAAAACAGACUGAGUUAUCUGUUGUAGUAUUUCCACGGAGGUGGCCAAGUGCAAUGUAGCGUAUAGGCGACAGGUUGCUUUUUGUAGCUUUGAAGACAGUUCGCAACAGGUGACUGCAAGUCUAGGUGUGCUGUGCUUGCUUGCUUAGACGGAAGGACUUGUGCAAUUUGAGGAGGUUACAAUCUAUCUGCGUGGACGAGAGGCGAUAUUGAAACGCUAUUUGUGUUGUGAGUCCCUUGUCCAGCAAGCUGCUUUCUCAACGAGAAAUGGUAUGCAAACGUUGAAACAGCUGACGAUCAGAGGAUGCCAUCGCAAGGGAGCAAGGUGGGAAGGCGAACUGCAAGCAAACCAAUGGACGAAAAUAGUGAGUUUACGACUAAAACUGGUUCCAAUGACCUUCUUAGCACCGGCCUCCACGAGUACCAGGUUGGUUAUGCGCGCGUCACGGCCAACCCCGUCAUGCAGGCUUUGAAGAAUUUUCUCUUGAGAUCGGUGAUGCCACUCUUCCUGAUGGCGUCCACCCCAAACAUCGUCUUCCUCAUCUGGUUUGCAGCUGCACACUGCGACGGAAGUUAUGCGUGUGUUGGGAACGUGUUUCGAGAGAAAUCUCUUGUGGGUGGACUACGCUAUAUAUAUGGUCACGUGAAUGCACCCAGCGCCCCGGUGAUCUGGACCUUGAUCGGGUAUUCUGUCUUCGCCCUGACCAUCAUGCGUCUCUUACCCGGCAAGACGGUAUACGGUCCCACCACGCCCAAAGGACACGUACCCGUGUACAAGGACAACGGCUUCGCCUGCUUUGCCACCACCAUGGUGACCUUCGUUCUUCUGACCAUCGUCCUCAAGACCUUCUUUUCUGUCUCUCCCACUCUCAUCUAUGACAGGUUCGACGAGGUUUUGGCUGCGUUGAACAUCUUCAGCAUCCUGUUCUGCCUGUUUCUCUAUCUGAAAGGUCUGCUGGCGCCCUCCCUCUCAGACAGCGGAUCCUCGGGCAACAUCAUCUUCGACUACUACUGGGGUAUGGAGCUGUACCCGCGAGUGCUGGGAUUCGACGUGAAGGUUUUCACCAACUGCCGCUUCGGUAUGACCGUAUGGCCUCUCCUGGUCUGCGUCUUUGCUCUCAAAAGUUACGAGCUUUACGGCUUCGUAGACAGCAUGUUCGUCACCACGACGCUUCAGCUGGUUUACUGCACCAAGUUCUUCUGGUGGGAAGCCGGCUACAUGAACACCAUUGACAUCAUGAUGGACCGCGCCGGCUACUACAUCUGCUGGGGCUGUCUCGUAUAUAUCCCCGGCCUGUACGCAUCCGUCUCACUGUACAUGGUCAACCAUCCCGUGAAUCUGGGCCUCCCACUGACCGCCUUCCUCCUGGCGCUUGGUGUCCUGUCCAUCUACAUCAACUACGACGCGGACAAGCAGAAGCUGCAGGUGCGGAGCUCGGACGGUCGCUGCCUGGUGUGGGGCCGCAAGCCCAGCAUCAUCCGCGCCAAGUACGUCUUGGACAGCGGCGAGACGCGGGAGUCGAUCCUGCUGGCAUCCGGCUGGUGGGGGCUGUCGCGCCACUUCCACUACAUCCCCGAGAUCCUAUUGGCCUUCUUUUGGUCGGUACCGGCUCUCUUCCAUGACGUCAUGCCCUACACCUACGUCAUCUGGCUGGUUCUGCUGCUGACCCAUCGCAGCUACCGGGACGACACCAAGUGCGAGAACAAGUACGGCAACUUUUGGCUGCAGUACUGCCGCAAGGUUCCACACAAGAUCGUCCCCUAUAUAUUUUGAAGAAUAACUAGCGCUUCCUUGUCUUUCUACACAUACAAAUGGGCGGGCACACACACUCAGACAUAAAAAACUUUCUUUGUUUUUGUGGGGUUAUUUUGUUAAGAAGAUGGUGUUAAUGAUUUCACCAUUUUUGAAAGGCGAAAUAAAACUCUGAAGCACAUGAAAGAAUUUGAGAACCGAGACUGAUUUAUGAUUUAUUAACAAACUGAUUUAUGACAAGCUAGGGACAAUCAUUCUCAGUUCUUCUUGGUUCGACAGUUCCUCGUCUCAAGUUCUGUGAAAAGAAUCUGAAAACAAUUUUUCGCCAAAAAUGAAAAUGGAAGAAAAUCUUACAAAUCUAAAUACAUUUUCUCUUCUUGAUUUUGUUUGGUGUUUAACAGAAGCAUUCUGUUAACCUAUACAUGUCCCAGUAAAAAAGUCAUCGAAACCUGUCUUAUAAUCUAGGUGUUUGACAUGAAUCGAAGGACUGAAAGGCGUCGCAUAGUCAUUGUCUAAAACAAACGAUUCAUUCCCUAUCUCAAGUUUUGUGCGUGUAAAUGCCUAUUCUAUUUUAUAAAGCGGGUAAUAUUUUGAUAUUUGGCAUUCACCAAAAAGUACAGCAGGCUAUAAAGUUGUAAUUUGUAACGGGAUUCAAGAUGUUGCAAACCGGGGGUAAGAUGCACAACUUGUAGGUGCAAUUAGGGCUAUCUAAUGCCGAGCGAUCAGCUGAAAUACAUCAUAUACUUCACCCUUUAUCUACUAAUGUCCUUUUUAUAGGACAGCUAUAUACAGGUUCUUUUAUCUCAAGUCCUCCCAGUGUCAUAUUUAUAGGACAGGUUCCACUCACAAGAAUAAAAAUUAAUAUUUUUGUGUUCCGGGGACUUUUACAACGGAAACAAAAAUACCCCCAAAAUAAUUUGGGAGUUCAAUGGUUAACUGGCUGCUUCUUAGCCAUUCAAACAGUGCACUCGGCUUCUGAAGGGUUAUCAAAUAGAAUUAAAUGUAAUAUGAAUAAUAAGCUCAGGUUUUUUGGAAAGUGGCAAUCAUUAGAGAAUAUGCUACCAGCUACCAAAUCCACUCCAGUUUUGAAAAAACGGGCGAUCAUUUUAUGCAGAUGGUGUGCAAGUGCACACGCACACAUAGGUGGUGUAGUUCAGUGUAGUGCGGUUGGAAUUACCAUGGAGAAGAACAUAUAUCUUGCCUUGUCCUCUUUUCUCUCUCUCUCUUCGUGUUAUGCCCACAAUGAGUGUAGAGAUAAAAAUCUCGUCGACAGGAACGAUAAGACAGUUUCACACAAAGACCUCUUUCUUUACUGAUAAACAGAAAGAUUAUUUGGGGAACUAUUGUCUUCUCACAAGAUAAACACAACAAUCUGGUUAUCGUUUUAAUCUUUAAAGCUAUGCAGCACGAAACAUGAAAGUAUGGCUGCAGAUUUCCUUCUAUCAUUACAUUUAGUUCGCAUUAUUUUCUUUUUUUAUUAUUUUAUUUACUCAGGUCGCUAGGUUUGCGGCUCUCUCGCUCUCGCUCUGUGUAGAAUAUCAACUCUCAUUAAAGUAUUACAUCUCGCAGUCUGAUACCUAGCUCUUUAUGGUUAUUAUUGCCGCCACCUACUUUCAUAUGAGAGAGAGACAAACAUCCCGCACUUUUAAUUGCUGCCUCGUAAGUACAGUCUUAACUUAGCCGUUUGAACUAAUGGUAGAAAACAAGAGAAGUUCUUUAGUCUCCAGGAGCACGGGCUGCAAAAAAAUAUUUAUGGUAUUAGUAUAAUGACACACAAUGUAACUUGAAGCGAACACCCUAACCCUGACACCCUUAGGAAUCACACAUUGUAGAGUAAUGUCUUCCUAUUUUUAACGGAAGUAAUUUGUAAGUUUAAUGUUUUACGCCGAGUGUUUUAAUUCUACCAAUAACCCCACUUCCCUGCAAGAUUUUUUAAAAUAAUUUUUGACACUUUUAAAUCAGUGCAAGAGGGAUAACUCUGUUGUGUACUUGUGUCCAUGUACCUAUCGUGAAAGAAUUGGAAAGCAUGAGGUAAAGCAUCUGUCAUUUUUCUAAUGUGAAUUAGUUGCUCUGUCUUUAUGCCCAUCGCCAUUUCUUUUUGUUUUGUUUUUUUGUGUUUGUUUUUUGUUGUUUUCAUGGUUAAUAUGCCGUAAAGGCCGUGGAGGAAAUGGUUAUAAUAACACUUAUUUGCUAUAGAAACUUCGGAUCCUGUUUGUCAUCAUGUUACUAUGGCAACGAUAUCUGUGACACAUGAGAAUGAAAGAUAUUUACACUCACAAUAAGGAAAUCAUUGUGGCUUUGUUUUUUUACUCUACUUAAUUUUGAAAUAGGCUGAGUGCUUUUUGAAUGAUAUAUAUAUAUUUGUUUUGCUUUAAUACUGAUGCAUUGCUCAAGUUCUUGUUCUAAAUGAUGUUAUGUUUAUUUUCUGCAUGCUGUUGUCGGAUGGGUAGGAAGACUUUGGGUAUGUACUUGUUUGGCUGAAUCCGAGCAACAGUAUCACCAGACACAUUUCUACAAAGACUUUGUCGAUAAAAAGUGCUGGUUGAAGCUUGUCUGUAGGUGACUUUCACUGUUCAAAGGUAUGAGUGUAGAUAAGUAAUAAAACUUGUUCCUCAUUUUCUCUUUUAUGUCUAAAACUGAACUGAUUACAAGGCGUAAAACAACUUAAAAAACUGCGUUCCUUCACCUUCCACCUUCUCAUCAAAUAUCUUCUAAAGAGUCAUCGAGGUGUGUAUUUAUUUGUUCGGCUUCUAUCUUUUUUUACAGUGCAAGGGACUCUGGAUACCUUAAAACCUGCGAUUUGUUCCUCUUUGUCUAUUUUUUAAGUAAACAUUUCUAAGGAAG